UAUUCCAUCGCCCUGGACAAUCGUAGCUAGGAACACCCUCAAACAAUGAGUUUUGCAACGGAGCCUGAUCGAUGGUUCCAUGGCAAGAUCACUAGAGAGAAUGCUGCCCAUUUGGUGACUACAGGACCUGACGGAAGACGUGAGGGACUGUUCCUCGUCCGAGAAAGUCUACGAAUGCCUGGAAGUUUUGUGCUCACAAUGUGGGCAAGAAACCAAGUUCACCAUUUUCAGGUAGUGGGUCACGGUGAUGGAUGGUACUCAGUUGACAACGGACCGUUGUUUCAAGGCUUGGAUGAACUGGUGAAUCACUAUAAAUGUCGACCUGACGGUCUGCCUUCUCAACUGCACGAUUUCGUCGUAGGUAGCCACCCCCCACUAUCAGCAAGAAAGAGACUGGAGACAGAAAUACAUAGAGCAGUAACCAAUAGAGAUAUUGGCUUGUUACAGCGGCUUUUAUCGCAGCCGUCCUCAAAUCAGAUAGGGAGCGUCAACUCUCAGAAUGCCGAGGGCUCUACUCCUGUCCAUGAAGCUGCCAAGAAAGGUUUUGUGGACACACUUGACAUUUUGCUACACUACAAGCCUGAUUUGAACAUUCGUGACUCAAAGGGAUCCACUGCACUUCAGCUGGCUGCUCGGAAUGGACAUGCUGACUCAAUACGAGUCCUGGUAGAGAAAGGUGGUGCAGACGUCCAAGAGAGGAAUGCUACCACCGGCUGGGUUGCUCUGCAUGAGGCUGCCUUCAGGGGUCAUCUCAACUGUGUCAAGACCCUCCUUCAAAUCAAUGCUCCAUUGCGACCUCGUACGCCGGAUGAGGACACUCCAAGAGAGCUGGCCGCACGGUACAAGCAGAGAGAGGUGGUGGAGGUGUUAGAAUGGGCCAGUCAGAACUACCCCAAGCCACGAACCAAGACUACAGAGUGGCUACACAAGGAGCCUGACAGGGCGCGAGCGGUGCAGCUGUUACAGAAGAAGGGGAAAGGAGACGGAAGUUUUUUGAUUCGUCCUAACUCUCGGCGACCUGGUUACUAUGCUCUCACCCUUAUGUACAACUCCCAACCAUACCACUACGAGGUGGUGUGUGAGGGGGACCUGUGGUACUUCAUCGACGAUGGCCCUCUCUUUGACUCACUCCCUGCCGUGGUCGAUCACUACAUGAUGUUUGUUGAUGGUCUGCCCACACUGCUUAAGUAUCCAGUACCCCCUCCCGGGAUAAGACUCUCCUCUGGACAUUCCAAACCACCUUCUCAGUCACAAGGCCAGAUCUUGUUUGCCAACACCCGUCUACCCCCCUCACUGCCCCCCAAGCCAAUUGGGAUGCCCCCAUCCCACCGUCCUAUACCCCCUAUACCCAUUCCCAUGGAACCAGGGGCAGUGCCUAUGCUGCCCGCACCAGAUGAGGUUGGACCCGGGAAGCCUCCGAACAUGCGUAAUUAUGAGAUGGUGGCCAUUAAGAAAGAGUGUCUCACGCUGGGAGCUGAGCUUGGACAGGGGGAGUUUGGGUCUGUCCUGCGUGGCAAGUAUCGACCUGCUGGGGGAAAGAUGAUUGACGUGGCCGUGAAAACUCUGAGAGUGGAUGCGAUGGGCACAGGAGAGCAGGAAUUCAUGAGAGAGGCUAAGAUAAUGAUCACUCUCAAUCACCCCUGCAUAGUCAAGCUGAUUGGAGUCACCAUGGGCAAGCCUAUGAUGAUGGUACAAGAGUUGGUAUCCCACGGAGCGUUGGUUGACUACCUCUAUGACGGCAAAUACCCUAAACCAAAUAUCAUUACACUCAAGUUGUGGGCGGCUGAGAUUGCCUCGGGCAUGAUGUACCUUGAGAAGAAGAGGUUUGUCCAUCGUGAUCUUGCUGCUAGGAACAUCCUGGUUUCCAGUGAUACAGUGGUGAAGAUCAGUGACUUUGGUCUGUCUCGUGCGGUGGGGGCCAACAGCAACUACUACAAGGCCUCUCAGGGAGGGAGGUGGCCUGUCAAAUGGUACGCCCCGGAGUCCAUCAACUAUGGCACUUUCUCCCAUGCCAGUGACAUCUGGAGCUAUGGAGUGACCCUCUGGGAGAUGUUCUCUUAUGGAGAGCCACCCUAUGGGGAGAUGACUGGUGCUGAGGUCUUGGACAUGAUUGAGAACCAGGGCUUCCGUCUGGAGAAGCCACCCAGCUGCCCCAACAGUAUCUACAAACUCAUGCUCAGCUGUUGGUCGCUGGAGCCAACGCAGAGGCUCUCGUUCGUGGAGCUGCACCAAGCCUUCCAAGACAACCCAGAGCACAGGGACAUUUCCUCACAUAGAGACCUUUACCAGAACCCUGGCGAUUUGUGAUGAACUGGACACAUACUUAGUGUCAAUGUUUUAUCUCAUAAUUUUAUCGUUCGAAUCAUUUUUGUCCUUUGCAGUAAUCUCUCUUAAUAUUUGUACUUAUACUAUACUUUAGUGUUAUAGACUCGCAUGAUUGACAUUCACUGACGAUUGUAGAUGUGAAUAUCGAGAGUUUUGAUUCAUUAUUGAAAAUUAUUGAACUUGAAA